AGCCAAGAAACUCAAGAUUAUGCUGAUGAGGCCGCCCUCUCUUCACCCCAAUGAAAACCUGACACUUGAGUGGACGAUUUUGAUUAUAUUUCACCUUCACCUUCAGCGGGAUUUCCGCGUGUUGAUAACAGGGAACAACUACUUGAUAUUCUAGCGGUGACGGGUUUUAAAUCGCCGAACGCGAGAAAUCACAGAUUAACGAAAAACACCAUACAUGUCCAGAGGCCAAAAAUCACCCGCUUGGGCGAAAAGUGUUUUUUCAAAUCUUCCGGAUUUUGCAAGAAUCUUCCGGUUUUUGGAAAAAUAAAAUAAAUAAAUAAAUCGCCGAGCAACAAAGGACAUGUUUGACUGAACUAUUCAAGUUUGAGUUAUUGAAAAUUCGACAAGUUCAAACAAAAAUCUUCUAGUACGAAUGUGACGGAUAACCGGUUACGAAUUCGAUGAAGGCACUCUUUAAAAAAACGAACCUGCAAUUGGCUGAAAAACAAGAGGCUCAAGAAAAAACAACUAGCACCAAAGUGGGAGUGAAAAAAAUAUCGAACUUCAAAGUAUUCGUAGCCUCCCUCUGAGAUUUAGGGACAAGUCGAUUAUACUAGUAUAUAUAUUAUGAUGUAUUUUCUUUAAAGCGAGCAUAAUUUUAGCAUAAUUUUGAUUAAAAGCGAGCAAUGCUUGCUACUAGCAUAUUAUGCCAGUUUUACUAGCAUAAUCGACUCGUGUCCCUAACUGAUAUACCUAGGCCCCCUACCUAGUUCGGACCCUCUAUGGCGACGGUGAACACGUGGUCAGUGGGUGAUACCCACCGUAAAUCAACAACAUUUGUUUACAGCCGGCGACACAAAGCUCCCUGAGCCAAUGAACCGUUUAGCCGCAAGCAUAAGCAACCUUACUGAAGCUACUAUUGCAAAUAACACCAGACAAGCGCUAAUAAUCCUGUCAAAAGGGAUGCGUGAUUACAGUACGCCGGCAGAGAGACACUAAGGAGACGAUGAUCGCAAUUCCCCUUUUGUAAUAUCAUUGGUGAAUUUCGUGUUUUGGCUUCCUUGCGUUGCUUCCACCGCGCGCACAAAAGCACACAACAAAAACGAACCCCUGUGAUGGUUAGCAUGCGAGCCUGCGGUGGUACAGUCCAGCAGGUCCACAGUCAAGACAGUGCGUGGUCAUGGUUCGUGUGUCUGUCGGCAACGUUCGCGGACGGUCUCAGCUUGAGUUUGUCCAACUGCUUCGCGAUAAUGCUGCCUGUGUUGAUCCAAGAGUUCAACGAGACUAGAGAAAAUGCUGCGUGGGUCGGCUCUAUCGCGUACUCCAUGUCGUAUUUCUGCGCUCCUCUGUCCGCUUGGUGCUGCGUCAUGUUUGGCUGCCGUCGGACGGCUAUCGUUGGUACCUUGACAUGCGCAGUAAGCCUCAUCAUCUCUUCCUUCGCGCCUGGCCUUCUCAUGAUGUACUUUAUCUACGGCGCCUUAUUUGGGAUUGGCGGCGGGUUCAUCCAUACUUCAGGACUCCUCACCACAACCAAGUACUUCUACAAGCGGCGUUCCUUGGCAACUGGCAUCGUUGCUGCUGGGGCUAGCAUAGGAACUCUCAUAGGACCUGUCUAUCAAGCGCUGAUUGACGGUGUUGGCUGGCGGAACUCGUAUAGGAUCAUAGGGGCAUUGUUUAGUAUCGCUUGCAUCCUGGUUUGGGUGAGUUAUGACCCUAAGGUGAAGGAUGAGCAAGAGGACUGUACGGUGUCCUGCGAGCAAGGAAGGCAGCGGAGAUCAGGCUCGUGCGCAUGCCCGUCUUUAGACUGUGCUGUGUGGAGGAUACCUGAGUAUACCGUUGUACUGAUAGCUGCCACUGUUGAGGCCGUGGGGGUGUAUGUGCCUCUUGCGCACCUGGUGAAACAUUGCAGAGAGAUUGGAGUGUCUGCCCAAAAGUCCUCCACUCUCUUCAUCUAUAUUGGCAUUACUUCCUUUGCCGGUAAACUUGUGUCUGGCCGACUGUGUGACUCGCCGCGGAUUUCAACUCUGUACGUGCAUCAGAUCUCAGCCCUUAUUAUUGGCGCCUCUGUGCUCAUGAUUCGCUUGGCGUCGGACUACACGGGUUUUGCUAUAUUCGCCGCGUGUUACGGCUGUGGCAACGGAAUGUUUAUUACCACCAUGUACCUACUGUUCUUGAACACGGUGGAGCCGAGAUUGCGCCCGUCAGCAUUGGCGUAUGGGGAGAUGGUCAACGCGGUGUCUAUUGCUAUUGGCUCUCCAAUUGCAGGUCUACUAGCAGAUAAGAUGGGGUCGUAUAUCGUGUCUUUUUACUUCUCCGGUAGUAUCGUUCUAUUCGGCGCCUCUAUUCCACUGCUGUUGUGUUUUCGGCGUAAAAAGAACGUUGUUUCUGACCGGGAAUUAAUCGAGUUCAAGCAAGGCCUCAAAGAUGCCGACUUCAUCGAAAGGGAGACUGUAUUAUGAUGAUUUCUUUAUUUUUUUAUGGUAUUUUGUCAAGAGAGCAUAAGAUAGCUUAUGCCCUCUUGAUUUUGUGAAAUUUUAUACAUUGAAUGCAAUAUUUAUAAAAGAUGAUGUAUACUUCGAGAUGGAAUAUGUAAAGUGAUAAAAAAGAAGAAAUGAGAUCCGUACGUUUUAGAA